GCGGGCGGGGGCGGGGCCUCGGCGGGUCGGGCCACGGCUCCGGGGCUCUCCGCGGCCGAGCCGCACCACUCCGGCCGCCGGCGAGGAGGGCGCAGGACGCGGCGAUGGCUCCGCCGGGACCCCCGGGGUCCGCCGUCCUCGCGGCAGCGGUGUUGGCGGGGGACGCCGUGAGUUCGCCGCUGGUGGCGCCGGACAACACUGUCAGCCGCACGCUACACUCCCGAGCAGAGACGACGCCGUCAUCGCCCGCCAACAACACUGGGAACGGACACCCAGAGUACAUCGCGUAUGUGCUUGUCCCCGUGUUCUUCAUCAUGGGUCUCCUCGGCGUCCUCAUCUGCCACUUGCUUAAGAAGAAAGGCUACCGCUGUACGACAGAGGCUGAACAGGAGGCUGAAGAGGAAAAGGUGGAGAAGAUAGAGUUGAAUGACAGUGUAAAUGAAAAUAGUGACACCGUGGGGCAGAUUGUCCACUACAUCAUGAAAAAUGAAGCCAAUGCAGAUAUCUUGAAAGCUAUGGUGGCUGACAACAGCGUGUGUGACGUUGAAAGCCCGGUCACUCCUAGCACGCCAGGAAGCCCCCCUGUGAGUCCGGGGCCCUUGUCGCCAGGGGCCACCCCUGGGAAGCAUGUCUGCGGUCACCACCUGCACACAGUGGGAGGCGCCGUCGAACGGGACGUGUGUCAGCGCUGCAGGCACAAGCGAUGGCACUUCAUAAAACCCACCAACAAGUCCAAAGAGGGCCGGGCCCGGCGCCAAGGGGAGGUCACCGUUCUCUCUGUGGGCAGGUUCAGAGUUACGAAAGUGGAGCACAGGUCAAACCAGAAGGAGCGGAGAAGUCUGAUGUCUGUCAGUGGGACUGAGAGUGUCAACGGGGACGUGCCUGUGACACCUGUGAAGAGAGAGCGAAGUGACACGGAGUAGCAGCAGUGGCUUUCUUGAAGAGUUCUAAGAGACUCCAGACUUGCAAAAAUUGCCUAGGGAAUAUUUUUAUAUAUUUUAUACAGUUUGUAUCAUGAAGUCAAUGGGCAUGUGGAUCAAACCCAAACAGGAAUAUUUUUGUUAAGCUGAACACAGAAUUCAGUUUGCUUUGAAAGAUGUUUUGUAGUUAAAAGUCUUAGUUUCUGCGAAGGAAAGAAGAAAGGUGAACCGUCUCUAGCCACGUGGUUCCCCAGGCAGCUCUGUACACAGGAGGCUCCAUCCUCGGAAUCACAGCCUUAUGAACAGUGGAACCCUUUACAGUUGAGCUUAUGCUGCCAUGUUACCCAAGCCACAGACGGCAUCUUGAUACUGGUCGCAAGAUCUUCACCUACAUGGUUGGGCUAUUAAAGAAGGCCUGCAAAUGGUCCCUGGAAGCAUCUAGUGGAUAUUCAGAAGAUGGUCCCCAGGAGAUCAUGGAAAGAGACUCCAGACUUCAGAUCCCUGGACCUGGAAUUCAGCCUUGACUCCUGUGGCCAUCGGCCCGCUCUGUCAAUCUUUCCUGAGAAAACACAGAGACUGCUACUUUUUUUUUUUUUUAACUUAAACUAAACAAUUCUCAUUUAGUCUACUUGAGUGAAAGGGAAAUGGUUUAAAGUCUCUCUAAAAAGUUGUUUUGACAGCCAGAGCCCCAAAACAAAACACUCCUUUCCUAUGCAAAUGAACCCCUACUGAGACCUCUGCUUGUUUCACUGAAGGUCAGGUGGGAAGGGAUGCUCUGUAGUCCUAGGAAGAUUGCACGUUCAAGGCCUUCUGGGCUACAGAGACAGUUCAGGCCAAAGCCUAGGUCACUCAGCCAGACCCUGUCUCAAAACAACAAAAGAGAAAACGGGGCUGGGAUGUCGCUCGGUGGUAGAGCACUCUCCGGGCGUGCUGCACCGUUCUACUCUGAGGCUUCUUGCCUUGUAGGUCUCUCUCUUAGAAGCGCCAGUAUUUGUUUAGGUCUGGGCUGGGGGUUAGGCAGGCUUUAUUCCCUGCUUCCACUGCUGUGAUGCAUUGAGUACUUCGUUUAUUUCAAAGGCAAAGGGGGUGUUUUCGUUUUGGUUUUUAUUUGGUUUCACAAAACUAAAAUAAAUAGGAAAAUAAAUUAUGUAAAAUUAUACUCCAGGGUGUUGUCUGUAGAUACAGUUUCUUGCUUUUGUUUCUGGAAACAAACUAACUUUUUUCCUAUCAUUUUAUGUUAGUGGUAGGUGCAUUUUGAUGUGAACUCACACUGGCGUGUGUGUGUUGUGUCUACAAAGCGGAGAAGCCAGCGUGGAUACUGGGUCCACUGCGGUCCAGGAAGUAGAGUGUGUGUUAAUAGGAGUAAUAUUUGUGCAGCUAAGCCAAUAUUUUUAAUUAAACAAAAGCAUACAUUUUGCAUAAAAAAACCCAUAAUGUCCUUUAAAUGGUAAUGGGCUAGUAUGUAAGAUAUUCUUCAGCUUUAAUUAUUUUGUAAUUUUAUUCACUCUAGAGCACUUUCUAUAGCAAUAAAAAACUAAAGGAUAAGCAAAGAUAUUUAAGAUUGUAUUUAUAUACCAAGAGUACAUUUUAAACAUGUUCUAAUACUUGAACAGUUGGGUGACUGGCUUCCAGAGAUGCCAAAAAUUAAGCAUUUGAUACUUUGAACGCAGAAGCUUUGUACUGACUGGCGAGAAUCCCGAGUGUUCCCAGCACAGCUGGCGUUUGUGGGUCCCUUCUUCGUCCUCCCCAGAAGGACUGGGGAGCUGAGAGGAGCCCACUGUCCACAACACUAAUGAUGGAUAGCUUCUUGGUGUAAGGAAUGAGUCAGUUGCCACCUCGAUGUAAAAAAAAUAAAUUGUAAAGGAAAUUUUUCACUGUUUCCAGUGUCAAAUGUAUUUUUAACUUGUCUGGUUUGUACUUUUUAUGAAUUUUGUACUACCAAAACAGAGUUAAAAAUAAAAGCAUUAAACCAGUGUUCUUGAAUGAA